AUGGCCCACAAUCCCACCUCAACUGCUUCGGUCAAGCGAGCCUGCGAUAGAAAGGUCAAGUGCUUCAGAGAAGGCACCGCGCCAUGCAAGAAUUGUAUUUCUGCUGGCCUUGCAUGCACAUACAAUGCCAUUCCGCAAAAGAAAGGUCCCAAGAGCUCCCGUGCUAAAGUCCUUUCUGAACUCCGCGAAACCCAGCGCAACGCUCAGCUCGCUGCUGGUUACCCAACCGAUCUCGGCUUUGACGGACGCUCACUGCCAGCCACAUUUGCCCGCACCCAAGGGCUGUUACCCCCCGCUCUCGUUGAAAGCUGCAUAGAAUACUUCUUCAACCAUGUUUACCCCUCAGAGCCUGUCCUGCAACCUUUGGCGGCGCAGGAAGCAGCCGUUGACAUGGAUCGCUCCACUGAAUCGUACUGUAUGAUUGUUGCAGUGUGUGCAUACGUCAUGAUUCAGGCCAACCACAAACCACUCAUCAGCGUGCUCCCUCGUCCAGAGAUGGCUCACAUGUCAAAUGUCAGUGUUGGUCACAUACUCCUCGAAGAAUCAGUCCGCGUGCGACAAAGCUACGAUCACCGCGAGAACCCCACGCACACCAGCGUGCUUACCUCGUGGUUUUACAGUGGCUGCUACUUUGGACUCGCGCGAGAGAACACAGCCUGGACAUAUCUCCGAGAAGCCACAACACACGCGCAACUACUGGGUAUGCAUGACGAGGAGACCUAUAAACACGAUUCCUUGGAUGUAUCCCGAAAGCGCGUCCUCUACUGGCUUUUGUUCAUCUCCGAACGAACCUACGCUCUACACAAACACCGACCUAUCACAUUACACCCCACCAUACAUCUUCCUGAAUUAUAUGAAGUACUCACGGACCGGCCAAUUGCGGUUGGACUGGGGCUCAUGAUCAACAUGUUCAAGAUUAUUGACGACACCUUUAUCAACCUGUGGAAUCGGGUACACAACACACAUGUGAGCGCUGCAUGGAUAACGCAGGUGCAGACGCAGCUUUCAGAGGCCGUGCCUGCAUAUUCCGAAUGCAGCGAGGCGCAAGAGGUGCAAAUUCGUAUCACUCAGCAGUGGCUGAAGUCACAGACCUGGCAGCUCAGUGUUUGUCAAGGGCUUGUAAGCAGCGUCUCAAAUGACGUGCCGCUCACAUUCAAGUACCCGAUCGAAAUCGCCCGCGACCUGCUCACAAUCUCACACCAGUUCUCGCAGCAAUCCAUAGAAGUCCACGGCGUCGGCUUGAUCGAGAAAUUGUUCGACAUAGCCUGUUGUUUGACUGACGGGGUCGCUUGCACAUCCAUCUCACCAGACGCAUUUGCCCUUGGACCUCGAGACUACGUAUCGCGGUUCUUGACGCUCAUCUCGACACUGCGCGGAGGACAGUCGCGAUAUCUUCCUCUCCUACUGGCCAAACUGUCCGAAGUCCUGCCCAAUUUACCGCUUCCCCGAUCUCUAAACCUCCCCCAGACGGUUCCCGCAUCGAUGCUCGGCCUUAAUGCUACUAGUCCGGGGACACUUCCCUCCAACGUCGCCAAAGACUUUUCAGCAAGUCCCGCAUCAUCUUUGCCCUCGUAUUAUUCCAACGAUCUCAUUCGACGGCCGGCCGCUCAAACUGGUGCCCAACUUCCUUUCAACACGGCUCAGCAAUCCAUGAUUCCUGCCCCUACCAUCCACGUCGGCGAUCUGUCGCUGUACGACACUUCACACAACACUUCAUAUUCGACGACAACUAGUCUAUACGAAGCCUCUAUGUCAUAUCAUAUGCAAAACCACUGGAUAGGUGUCAAUGCAACAGGAUACGAUCCCAGGUUUUUCAUCCAAAACUACCCUUUGGAUCCCAUGAUAAACAAGAAAUAG